AAGAUGGAGAUUUAAAAAAGUGAAUCCCUAUUUCACCCAUCUUAGAGACAACAAAAUCACAACUGAAUGGAAGGCAGCUCCUAAAUCAGUUGCAUUAAGACAACACUAUCAAGAGUUUAAGAAAACCUUCAAGACAAAAAACAGAGACUAUUUUAGCAAAACAGCUCAAGAAGUAGAAAGUUCUCUAAAAACUAAAGAAAAAAAGGAAUCAAAAGAAGAAGCAAUGAGUAUAAAAACAUUUAAUAAGCAAAAGAUAAAGGAUAUCUCUUAUAACACAGAUGAUGAAAUGCAAGACACUCAAAAAGAAGCUGAACAAGCAACCACUUUCUCAGAAGCAGAACUUACAACAAGAGAUGAGCUUGCAUUAGAUGGCUCAUUUUUUAAAGAUAACAACAAAGAGAAUAACUCUCCUCAAGAGAAUAUAUUGUCAGCAAUUCCAAUGGAAGAAGACUUUACAACU